AUGCAAGACCUCACACUGGAUUCCAGUCUACACAACCAAGGGAUAUUCCCGAUCGAUGUGCCACGCAAGAAGAAGUUAGGGGACGUCACUACAAUCUUCACCACGCGUUCUUUGACGACAAACACGCUUUGUGAAAGAUGCAAAUCCUUGGACAUAUGGGUAUCUCAGUCUCUAAGGACGACGCCGAGUGUUUUCGACACAACCCAUUCCAAUUUCAGCGCUACCAUCACAAAACAAUCCAUAUGCGCCGGCUGCUCCCUCUGUCGUCAA